AUGUAUCGCACAUGUGGGCUCGGAACUGACUACACAUCCCAGUCACGGCUGCUGCGAGGUACAACGCUGAUGAUCACCGACCUCUUGCUACACUUCUUGUGUCCGCAGUGUCUGCCGCUUUGACCCAACUCCUGAUCCCCAAUGACUUCAAAUACGUCAUUGCCGUCGGCGCGUGCACUGGCUUGCUGAACAUGUACCAGUCUGUCCUCGUCUCCAAGGCUCGCAAGCUGGCGGGUAUCAAGUACCCGGCUCUGUAUGCCAGCAACGAAGAGGCCGAACGCAACGCCGCGGCGAAAGCCUUCAGUCAGUCUGCUCGUUGGCGACUUUUCUACGUCCAUGGAGACGUUCCCUAUGACUGAUGCGCCCGCUCGAUUCUCCCCUUCACCCGUCUAGACUGCACGCAACGUGCCCACGGCAACACGCUUGAGGCGAUCCCCUUCUUCCUUUUCUCGCUGGUUCAGGUCGGCCUCAGCCACCCCCGUGCGGCCGCCACCUUGGGCAGCAUCUGGCUCGUUGGUCGAGUCAUCUUCACGAUCGGCUACUCGUCGGGCGAUCCCUGUUCGUCCACUUCUUUGUCUUGUUGGUCGCAUUGAGGAACAAUCUGAGCUGACAUGUGAUCUAUCUCCUUCUUUACGCCUCCUCAGCCAAGAGGUACUACGGUGCUUUCCACAGCAUCGGCUUCCUCGGCCUGCUCGGCAUGAGUGUCUACCUCGCUUUCAAGGCCAUCUUGGCCUGA